GGAGGUGGGAGCUCGGGUCGUAUUUCAGUGUUUGAGCGAGUCUGGAUGAACGGAGACUGCUGUGUUCGCGUGGAGCUGCUGGAUCAGGAGCAGAAGAGUCUCUGACAGAGCGAGACAUGGGGCCAGCGAGCGAUGCAGCGCUCAGCAGAGCCUGGUGCUGGACUUUCCUGACUGUGUGCAUCUGUUCUUCUGGGAUCGCCUUCCAGCACUUUGAGUCAGAGCGGGACUCAAGCGCUCAGCUGGACCUCACCGAGCUCAUCGGCGUUCCUCUGCCGCCGUCUGUGUCCUUCGUCACGGGCCUGGAGGGCUUCCCGGCGUAUAGCUUUGGUCCGGACGCUAACGUGGGCCGACUGACGCGCUCCUUCAUCCCCGACCCGUUCUACCGUGACUUCUCCAUCGUGGUGACGGCCAGGCCUAGCUCUCGGCGCGGAGGAGUGCUGUUCGCCGUCACAGAUGCGCUGCAGAAGAUCAUCGUCCAUCUGGGAGUGUCUCUGGCGCCGGUGGAGGACGGGUCCCAGCGCGUGGUUCUGUACUACACCGAGCCCGGGGCCGCGCACACACAGGAGGCGGCUUCAUUCAAGAUGGGCGAUCUGACGGGCCGCUGGGCGCGCUUCACGCUGGCUGUACAGGGAGAGGAGGUGAAGCUGUACAUGGACUGUGAGGAGCAGCACCGCGUGGCCUUCCGCAGGAGUCCAGACCCACUCACCUUCCAGCCCAGCUCCGGCAUCUUCAUAGGGAACGCCGGAGGAACCAGGCUGGAGCGCUUCCUGGACACUUCGCUGUUGACGGCGGAUCCCAGCGCUCCGAAUGAACAGUGUGAGGAGGACGAUCCUUACGCGUCUGGAUACAGCAGCGGUGACGACAUCUACGAUGAUACGGAGACUCCAGACGAGGUCAAGAAAGUGGUUGAGGAGAGAGAAUAUGUGAUGUCGGAGGAUGUGGAGUCCGGUCCGAUGAGAGCGCCACCUACUGAAUCUCCCUCGUUCAGCACUGAGACAGAUGACGAGGACCUGGAGGAAGGCUCUGGAGAGGACAUCAUCAUCAUCGGCGGUCCGAAAGAGCCGAUCAGAUCAGAAGGAGCUUCUCAGGACAGAAAUGUCAUAACCAUGCAGAAGGGAGAGAAAGGAGAGCGAGGGCCCCCGGGGCCUCCAGGACCCGCCGCUCCACACACACCAGGAGAGCCAGGGCCCCGGGGCCCACAGGGACCGCCUGGAGAACCAGGACGAGACGGCCGGCCUGGUGAUCCAGGGAAAGAUGGAGCUCCGCGAGAGGCUGGACCUCCGGGAUUCCCGGGCCUUCCUGGAGAUCCAGGUCCCAAAGGUGACAAGGGUGAUCCUGGUGUGGGCAUCCCGGGGCCGCCUGGACCUCCCGGACCUGCAGGAACAUACAAGUAUCCGGACGGCAUCGACGGCUCCGGAUCGAGCUACGUGGAUCUGGACAGUGACGCAGAGCUGAUACGGGGUCCUCCAGGGCCACCGGGACCUCCGGGCCCUUCUGUCGGAGCUCAUCCGGGGCCCAUCGGGCCUCCAGGGCUUCCUGGAAGAGACGGGGAGACGGGCAAACCUGGCGUCCCGGGUGAAAAUGGACGAGACGGUCAACCAGGAAAAGAUGGAGAAGAAGGGCAGAACGGUGAAGCAGGUUUACCUGGAAUCAUGGGACCAAAGGGUGAUGCGGGCCAGCCGGGGCUCCCAGGACAGACGGGGGCUGAGGGCCCCAGGGGUCAGCCAGGCUCUCCGGGGCCCCCUGGACCUCCAGGAACAGGCUUCAGCUUUGACAUGAUGGAUUUGGAGGGCUCGGGUCUGGAUGGAAGCAGUGGUUUCAGACCUGUGCUGCCCAGAGGCCCGCCUGGCCUUCCUGGGCUCCCAGGACCUCCAGGGCCACAGGGAAAAGAAGGAGCCGUUGGCCCUCCAGGUGUUUCAGUGAAGGGGGAGCCGGGCGCUAAAGGAGACGAUGGACAGGCUGGGGCUCCUGGUCUGCCUGGGCGACAAGGGGAAGGGGGAGAGAAAGGUGAUAUGGGUCAGAAGGGAGAGAGAGGUCUAGAUGGAAUCGGUUUACCUGGAUCUCCGGGGCCUCCUGGACCUCCUGGACCAAUCAUUAAUCUACAUGAGUUGAUGCUGAAUGACACUGAAGGAAUCUUUAACCUCUCAGGGAUUUUUGAACCACAAGGACCAUUGGGACCAAGGGGUCCGAAGGGGGAUACCGGGGCCCCGGGGGUUCAGGGGCCUCCAGGAUUAAAGGGUCAGAAAGGAGAGCCGGGGAUUGUGUCUGGAGUUCAUGCGCCGCAGGGACCCAAAGGACUGAAGGGAGAAUGUGGCGUUCCUGGACCUCCUGGUCAAGCGGGCCCUGUCGGACCCGCUGGACCAAAGGGCGAGUUCGGAUUUCCAGGACGACCGGGUCGUCCAGGAAUUAACGGGCGUAAGGGUGAAAGAGGAGAUUCUGUGGGUUUACCUGGUCUGCCGGGGCCUCCGGGGCCUCCAGGACGAGCGGGGCCCUUCAGCUGUCCUAAAGGAACCGUGUUUCCAGUCCCUCCUCGACCCGGCUGCAAAAACCCUGUUAACAGUGAUUCUACACAAGAGGGAGCCAGCAGGGGCAGAGAUCUGCCUUCAUCCUCCUCCUCCUCCUCCGGCGACACGCUGGGAACCAAAGUCACGACUGCUAAAGGUGACCAGGGAUUCAGAGGAGAGACGGGAGAAGCUGGGAUGCCAGGGAGAUCUGGUUCAGCGGGAGCUAAAGGAGAAUCUAUCAUUGGACCCCCUGGUCAUCCAGGACCUCGAGGACCCCCUGGAGCACCAGGUUUCGGGAGAACCGGUGUUGCUGGACCACCAGGACCUCCCGGACCUCCUGGACAACACGGAUCCGGCAUGAUGAUCCCUGGCCCUCCUGGACCCCCCGGGCCCCCGGGACGAGCCGCUGAGGCCUCCAGCGCCAUCAGGAAGUAUGUGAGUCUGCAGGCCAUGAGACAGCAGUCGUCUGUGGUCGAGGACGGGACGCUGUCUUUCCUUAUUGACACCAGUAAACUCUACAUAAAGGUUCCAGGAGGCUGGAGAGAGAUUCAGCUCGGCGGGCUGAUUGAGAUGUAUUCGUCCCCCGUCCUCUCACAGGAUGAUGCUGAGCCCCUGAUCCUGAGCCCACAGCUCCGUCACACACCCAGAACACACACCGGAAGUGCGCUGAGGUUGGUGGCUCUCAACACGCCGCUGACGGGAAACCUGGGCUCCAUCCACUCGGUUAAUAAACUGUGCAGGACUCAAGCUCAAGCCAUGGGCAUCAGAGACGACUACAAGGCCUUCCUCUCACACCACCUACAGGACCUGAUUGACACCGUGCAGCCCAUGUACCGAACAAACACGCCGAUCGUCAACCUGAGGGGUGAGCUCCUGUUCAAGAGCUGGCACAGCAUCUUCUCCAGCCAUCUCCUCCCUCCCAGAGUCCCGCUGUACUCCUUCGACGGCCGAGACGUGAUGAGCGACCCCUUCUGGCCUCAGAAGGCGGUGUGGCACGGCUCUUCAGAGAGAGGCAAGCGUCUGUCCGCUCUGAACUGUGAGUCGUGGAGAGCGGGUGACAUGGCCAUCACCGGUCAAGCGUCGUUCCUCUACAGCGGCUUACUGAACCAGCAAACACGCAGCUGCUCCAACCGCUUCAUCGUACUGUGCAUCGAGACCAGCCACGACCAUCAAACCCUCCAGGAGCGCCACAGACGAUGGCACCACAGAUCCUGAAGCCUGACGGAGGAGAAGACCGUGAACUUUAACACAGCCACCGUCGCUCUCGAAUGUAAAGUGUGCUGGCCGAUUCCCAGUGAUGGACUGCGGAGAUCCACUUUCUUUAUGUCAUUUGGAUGCACUGUACUUUUCAUAUUGUAUUUUUGUUGUUGAUUUUAUUUUUGAU